AUGAAUACCAGGGCCAACAUCAUGUACUUCAUCGAGCAUCUGGCCGACAUGGCCACGAACGAGAACCACCCCGAGUUCGUCCAUAUGAUUAAACGUGAUAUUCUCCAAAUCGUUGAUGCAGUUGCCCCUGCAGACGGCUCCGGGGCUGCCAAUGUGAAACAUGUAAGGCGUGUUUUGAACGGUCUUCAGUCCAAGGAAAUCCUCUCCCACGAAACGGUAUCGGAGAUCGACGCCUGUCUCAAGGAACGAGAGAGCUAUCCGGCUCAUCUCCUUGACCUGGAACCGCUCGAAGAACCCGCCACCACGGAUACCGCAAAAACUGGAUCGGAUGCCACAAAGUCAAGGGUCACCGUUGACCGGAAGCAGAUCGAACAGCGUGUGGAGGAAGACCGAGAGAGGAACAAGCGACUGAGAGAGAAUAUGUGGGCGGUACCGCCGCACGACAUGAAGGAGUUUGAGAAGAUGUGGGAUGAGGUGAGCGACGUGGGAGACGAUGACUACCUCCAGGCCGCAGAGGAGGCAGAAGAGAGACGGAGGACUGCUGAGGCUUCGGGUCUCUACAACUAA